AGGCCGACUCUCCCAUGUGCUCUGGAGCCUCUCCGAUGCUGGCUGUGAUCGGGGAAUCCGGAUCUGCUCAGUCCAUCGUGGUUUCCAGACUCCUGCAACCAUUCAGGAUCCCUAUGAUCAGCUACUUCUCAUCAUGCGCCUGCUUCACCGACAGAAGAAUGUAUCCCACAUUUUUCAGAGUAAUUCCUAAUGAUGACUACCAGGUGAAGGCCAUUGCUCAACUCCUGCAGCACUUCAACUGGACUUGGGUCGGGCUUAUUCGAGGAGACCAUGAAUACGGGCGUUUUGCGGUGCAAGGUUUACUGAGGGAGUUGCAGGGCAGCAGUGUGUGUGUAGCUUACCAAGAAAUGAUCCCCCUACUCUACAACACACAGCGGGCCCUGGAGAUUAUGCAGGUCAUGCGGCGCUCUUUGGCAAAAGUAGUGGUGGUAUUCUCAGCCGAAGGGGAAAUGACGCCGUUCCUCAGGGACUACAUGAAGCAGAACAUCACCGGAAUCCAGUGGGUGGCGAGUGAAGCCUGGGUCACGGCGUCUGUCUUUACAGGAAGGGAGUUUUACCCCUACCUGGGGGGCACCAUUGGCUUUGGCAUCAGAAAAGGUCCCAUUGCUCAACUCAGCGACUACCUGCAGACAGUCAACCCUCAGCGAUAUCCCAACAAUGUUCUGGUGGGCGAGCUGUGGGAGGCUCUGUAUGGCUGCAGCCCUUUUCCGUCCUCUGCCAACCAUUUCCCAGUUUGUUCAGGGCAAGAGGUGCUGCUGAACCAGCACUCAGCCUACAUGAACACAUCCAGCCCCAGGGUGGCCUACAAUGUCUACAAGGCUGUGUACGCAGUCGCUCAUUCACUGCACAACCUCCUUCUUUGUCAACCAGGCAACGGGCCGUUUGAAAACGAUUCGUGUGCUCAAAGCGGCAAGAUACUCCCCUGGCAGCUUCAGUACUACCUGCAAGAAGUGAAGUUCAACAUGGCCGGGGAGGAGGUCAAUUUUGACCUGAAGGGCGACUCGGUGCCAUACUAUGACAUUAUCAACUGGCAGAGAGGCACGGCUGGAAGUAUUGAGUUUGUCAACGUGGGGUUGUUCGACGGGACUAAGCCUGAUGGAGAGGAGCUGGUGAUCCAGGAGGAAAGAAUAAUGUGGGCAGGUCAUCAGAGUGAGGUGCCAGGGUCUGUGUGCAGUCCCAGCUGCCCUCCAGGCUCCAGGAAAGCUGUCCGUCGUGGGGAGCCUGUAUGCUGCUUUGACUGUGUACCAUGUGACAGCGACUCAGUAGAAUGCAUAUUUUGUCCUGAGGACUUCUGGUCCAACCAAGACAGAACAAGCUGCAUCCCCAAGAAGGUGGAGUUUUUGGCCUACGAUGCCUUGGGCAUACCCCUGACUGUCAUUUCAGUAGUGGGCGCCUCUCUCACUAUCGGUGUUUUUGUCGUGUUUUUCUACCACAGAAGCACGGCAGUCGUGCGAGUGAACAACUCAGAACUCAGCUUUUUCAUCCUGUUCGCUCUCACACUUUGCUUCCUGUGUUCUCUUGUUUUCAUCGGAGAGCCCACCGUUUGGUCCUGCAUGCUCCGUCACACUGCCUUUAGCAUCACGUUUUCACUCUGCAUCUCCUGCAUCCUGGGAAAGACUCUGGUUGUUUUGGCUGCAUUCACGGCCACCAGGCCGGGGGACAACAUCAUGAAGUGGUUGGGGCCCAAGCAGCAGCGAGCCAUUAUUUUCAGCUGCACUCUCGUCCAGGUGGUGAUCUGUGCCGCCUGGCUAAUUGACGCCCCACCUUAUCCAAUUCGAAACACCAAAUACGAAAGCUCAAAGAUCAUACUGGAGUGCAGCGUUGGGUCGAGUCUUGCAUUCUGGUGCGUUUUAGGAUACAUUGGCCUCCAGGCGUGUCUCUGCUUUGUCCUGGCAUUCCUGGCUCGAAAGUUGCCCGGAAACUUCAACGAGGCAAAGUACAUCACCUUUAGUAUGCUGAUCUUCUCCGCUGUGUGGCUCGCUUUCGUCCCUGCUUACGUGAGCGCCCCCGGAAACUAUGCAGGCGCAGUUGAGUCCUUCGCCAUUUUGGCCUCCAGCUUUGGGUUAUUGUUUUGUCUGUUUGCCCCAAAAUGUUACAUUAUUUUGCUAAAGCCAGAGAAAAAUACAAAGCAGCACCUCAUGGGUAAAGAAAAACGAUAA